UUAACUAGUCCCACAAUCACUUGACUUGUCAGCCAUAUUUGUCCAAAUGGGAAUUGGUCGCGAUCGGCUAUCACAUAUUUUCACGGCUUGCUAUUGUAUACUGAUGGUGAAAAUGUGGAAAAAAAAGUAACGCAACAAGUUGCAAAUUCAACCUGAAUGAAUUUUUUUAAAUACAAAAUAUUUACAGCCAUCUGAAUUCCGACAAUACGCCUCAGAUUACGUUUAAACACCCCUGUAACUAAAUGGGUAACACCUGAAUAUACAGCUGACAUAACUCUAAAUGAACACAUCACACGGUCUCUUUUGACUUCUGUAUUCAGAGGAAGAAGGCACGACAAGUAAACUCUCAGUACGAAGACGCCAGGAUGGACAACAGUGAGGUACCUACACCCGCGGAAAUCUCGGAUCAGGACUCAGAAAGCCAGGAACAGGUGGAAGACGACCUCUAUACACAACUAAAGAAGCACCUACAGUACCUGCGAAGUCGUGUUGGCGCCUCACCUGAUCAUGACGCCCAGUUCGCACACCUGAAGAUUUCAGACCUCACCGAAGUGCCCCAUCCCGACUUCUCCGGAGGAGAGCAUCCUGAUAACGAUGACCUUGGCAGCGGUCAAGGUCAAGCAGCGAACAGAGACCACGGCGAGGAGGAGCCCAGCAAGACAGCUGAAGAAGUUGCACCUAAAGAAGUUGAUGCCAAAGUUGAAGGAAGGAACCAACAGCCCGUUUUCGUUGAUGAAGAAAACAAGAACCAGAGCGGUAGCGAUGCGGUCAACGGUACAAGUGAAGAGGCUGAGGUUGGAGACAAGCCCGAAGACAGAACGAGUCCCUACAAACUCGUUUGGCAGCGUCAAGUUGGAGAGGCCAACCCACCACGGCCCUACCAACCACCGACCGGGGCCUAUGGGGAAGAAGUUGUCCAAGUUAAGAUCAGCGCAGCGUCGGACAGUAAGAGGGAAAUCUACGUCUUGAGUGACAUCCAUCUCGGGCGGCCCCUUGCCAUCUGUCCCGGCCACUUGCAGCUGGAGAGCGCCCUGUCUCGCAUCGUGACGGCGGCGGCUGAAGGGACGGUCCACUCCCUCAUUCUGCUGGGCGACAUCUUCGAGAUGUGGGUCCAGUUAGCCGCAGAGCCGGCCUGGACGGACCAGGACUUCCUCAGACACUGGAAGACGGACUCCGUCUGCAAGGUCUUCACUCGCGCCGUGUGCGAGAUGGCGGGAGAGCACGGCGUGGAUGUGUACUACAUCAGGGGGAACCACGACCACGAGAUCACGUCUGCCAUGGUCCAGGACUUAUUCCAUGGGAAGGUCCGGUUCGUCCCGGGAAUUCUCAUCUACAGCAUCAGUGUGGACCAGCAGGAAUAUCACAUCAGGUUCGAGCACGGCCACAUCCAGGACCUGAUGAGCACAUACUCGUACAAGGACAACAACGGACUCGUCUGCGGGCGGCCCUUUGGGUACCAUCUCUGCAGAUGUGUCUCCCUACAGAUACUCAAUGGUCUGCUUGUGGGAGACGGCGUGGACAAAUCCAUUCAAACAGCGAAGGCGCAGUUUCACGCUAUGCUGAAGAGCGCAGGACCGGACAUCAUGAACCUCGUGUGUCUACCUGACAUACGGGAGGAGCUUCUGUCUCUGAUGAUGGAGCUAGGCCUAGGCGGGAGUAUCCAUGGCAACGGCGUCAUCAGGAUGCAUGAUGGGAUGUACGUGCCCGUGCGGAAGCUGCCGAAGUACAGCUUCAUAGAGAGGCUAUGUAAACAGGAAGGUCUGGAGAAAGUCUUUAAGAUGUUCCUGGUGUAUCUUGACGACUUCUCGCCCCUGCUGGAGGCCUGUGAGGAAGACGUGGUUGUUACAGGCCACAAUCACCACUGGGCCGCAGAGCCGGCUGUGGGGAGGGACGGGAGAUCCGUUCUGUCCGCUAACUCAGGAGCAUGGGUGGAUGCUGAGGAGGUUUCCUAUCUGAGGCUGGUCCCACCAACAAGUCUGGAGGAUGGCAGCAUAGAAGUUCUACACUAUCCCGUUACCAUGGCAACGGCUGAGGACAGCAGCAAAUAGGGGUGGACAACAAUAGCAUGGAAUCCAGUCUUGUCACCUUUAGUAUGCUUUCAG